CACCAAUGGAAAUAAAGGCUGGGCUCAACACCCAUGUUCGGGGAGCUUGCUAUAAAACUGGCUUAAAAUAUUGAAUUCUGUCCACUUUGUGUAAGAGUAAUUAACUGCUGUGCUGCAUCUUGGAGAGACGAGUGAUUAUUUAAUGAGUUCAACGAUGGAUAACAAGUCUUACUUGGUUCAAAUGAGUGGGAAUGGAGUCCUUGGCAAAAACACUGUCAAAAGCCUGAAUGGGUCUGGAGUCAACGGGAAAGGAGUAAACCGGAACGGCAUCCACCACGUUAGUGUGAAUGGCAGUUUGUAUCCUGCCAAAGCCAAGAGCCGCAGGCAGAGAUGGGAAGUGAAGCCCUCAGAGAUGGCCAACAAAACGCUCAAUCCCAUCAGAUCCAUAGUGGAUGGGAUGAAGCUCACCCCGAACCCGGAUAAACCCAUGAUCGCUCUUUCCAUAGGGGAUCCCACUGUGUUUGGAAACCUGCCAACAAAUGAUGCAGUGCUUCAGGCCAUGAAAGACGCCAUAGACUCCCAAAAAUACAACGGCUAUGCUCCUUCCAUUGGUUAUCCGAAGAGCCGGCAGGCAGUGGCCAACUUUUACAGCUGCCCUGAGGCUCCUCUAGAGGCAGAGGAUGUGAUUUUGACCAGCGGCUGCAGUCAGGCCAUUGACCUGGCUAUCAGUGUCCUCUGUAACCCAGGGGACAAUGUUCUGGUCCCAUGCCCAGGCUUCUCCUUAUAUAAGACUCUGGCAGUUUCCAUGGGCAUCGAGGUCAAGCUCUACAACCUGCUGCCAGAGAAGUCAUGGGAGGUUGACCUGGAACACCUGGAGAGCCUGAUUGAUGAGAAGACCUCCUGUCUGAUUGUCACCAAUCCAUCCAACCCUUGUGGCUCUGUCUUCAGCAAGGAACACCUAAAGAAGAUCCUCAAAGUGGCUUCCAGACACUGCGUUCCCAUUCUGGCUGAUGAAAUCUACAGCGAUAUGGUUUUCCCAGGUUGCAGCUGUCCUUCUUUGGCAUCUCUGAGCAGUGAUGUUCCAAUCCUUUCCUGCGGCGGCUUGGCUAAACGCUGGCUGGUCCCCGGUUGGAGGAUGGGAUGGAUCCUCAUCCAUGACAGGAAUGAUAUCUUUGGAUCCAAGAUUCGAGAGGGUCUGGUGAAACUCACCCAACGCAUUCUGGGAGCCUGCAGCAUUGUCCAGGGUGCCCUGGAGAGCAUCCUCAACAACACACCUCAAAGCUUUUACAAUAGCACCAUCAACUUUCUUAUGUCCAACUCGGAGAUCUGUUUCAAUGAGUUGUCCACCAUCCCCGGCCUGAACCCUGUCAUGCCUUCAGGAGCAAUGUACCUCAUGGUGGGGAUUGAUAUGGAUCACUUUCCUGACUUUGAAAAUGAUGUGGACUUUACUGAACGACUGGUGACCGAGCAGUCUGUCUUCUGUCUGCCUGCCUCAGCGUUUGAGUAUCCUAACUUCUUUCGCAUUGUGGUGACGGUGCCGGAGGAGAUGAUGGUGGAGGCCUGCGCUCGGAUCAGGGAGUUCUGCCAGCGUCACUAUCGGCCCUGCAGUCGUGACAGCAAUGAUCUGGACCAGUGAUGCAGCAGAACUGAACCAGCCUGACCAGCCAGCAUGGACCUUGUGAAGACCAAAGUCUAAGGGACAGAACAACUGUCCUCUAGUUAUAGACUGAGCAGGAAUCAUCUUUGAAACUGUAUUCCAUCAUUUUAUGAAGUUAGAGAUGUAGGACUCCGAUGUCAAAACUGUGUUAAUAUUGUCAUCACUGCGGCAACCAAAAGCUUGUAAGCAACACAUCUGAUGGUCCAUUGAUGGUGUAAUUUUUUUUAUGUAAACUGUAUGAAAUGAGCAGACCUAAUAUUUAUAUUUUAUACAGACAGCGUAUAUUAACCUCUACUUGUUUUGUGUAUUUAUAUAAUUUGUGUAAUAACUAUAUCAACUGUAGGAUUGUAGACUGUGCAUACUGUACACACCAGUUGGCUUCUUUGCUGUCAUGAUUACAGGAAGUGAAUAUAUAUUUGAAUAUCAAUUUUUAUAAACUUUAUGUAUUCAUAAUUUUCUGCAUGCUUUACUUGAUCUAGAAAAUGACUCAUGCUCUUUAUCAGAUCAGUCUCUGUAUGUUGUUUGUAUGUUAAUUGUGUGCCAUAUUGAAUCACACACACACAAAAAAAAAUGUUAUUUAGUAGUUUUGUUAAUAGUUACCUAAUAAAAAAAAUGUACACAUUU